AUGGCGGCUAAAGUUGCGCAUAAUUGUGCAUUGACACCUCAAAAUCCCCUCUAUGCUUUUCUUUAUGAUCAGAAGCAUAUGUCAGCAAGAGGUUUGCGUUACUUGCAUAAAAAGUCAGGGAUGGACGAAUGUCAGCUGGCGAUUGUUAUUUUGAUUGGUACUUCAGUCUAUCUGACUACCGGUAGUCACGCUCGGUUCGUGGCUAAUUCUAUCCUUAUUGCGGUACCUGUAUUGCUCACAUUUGUUUACCCCAAUGAAAAACCACCAUUCAGGAAUUUAUUGUAUUAUUGGCUGGUGUAUCUGUUUGCAACCUUGUUCCUCGAUGCUGGACUAGGAAGACAAAAAUUUUAUUAUUGCAUGAAAGUAUCUCUCCUUAUAACACUCAUUGCAUUCCCCGAGAGUUCUGCUAAGUCUAAAAAAUCCGAUGAAAGUAUUCAAAAGGAGACCAUCAGCAGUUCUGAAAGCAUUCAAAAAGAGACCAUCAGCAGUUCUGAAAGUAUUCAAAAAGAGACCAUAAACAGUUCAGAUACGGUUUCCCAUCGUGAUGAGACUUCUGAAACAAGCUCUUCAGAAGAUGAAGAACUUUCUUUUUUGCUUGAAGAUCAACAUUUUCCGAAACAAAAGUCAGUAUUUCCUAAUUAUAAAGCAAAAACGGAUCAGUAUGCAUCUGCACAAAAAACUGAAGCUAAUGCCAUAAGAAAACACCAACGUGUACCUAAACUUUUUUCUGUACAAGAACCUCAAGAACUUGAGUUAAAAUCUUUAAAUGACUAUAAAUCCGUUCCUGUACGGAAACUUAAAGCUGUUAUUGUUCAAGAAUCCAAGUCUGCUCCUCUUUUGAAUUUUAAAAUUGUUCCUGUACAGAAACCUUCAAAACUCGCAACCUCAGAGCAACUUGAAUCACUUUCUGAAUUUUAUUCUACUUCCAAGCAUAAACAGAAAUCGAUUUGCAUGCAGAAGUAUGACAAUAUUUCUGAUAAAGAAGUUAAAGUGGCAAAAAGUACUCAAGCACCUGUGGAACAACAUAGAGGCAGUUCAACGCAGAUGUCCAAAUCACAGAUGUUACCUUCUGAAAAUUUUGGCACUACAGUCAUAAAGAUAAAGAAAAGCAGAACUCAUGAAGAUGAACAAAAUGCACCAGUUGAGUUCUGGAAUGUAGAAGUAAAGCAGCCUCAUAGCGUUGUUUCACAAGAAGCAGUUUUAAAAACGCCUAUUAUUUCACAUUCUGAGACUAUUUCAAAAAUUCCAUCUGAAAAUUCAGAACUUAUUAGUGUCAAAUCUGAAAAAGAAUCUGAGAUGCCAAAAACAACUACGGAAAUAAUGCCUUCUCAGCACGUUCAUACUGAUAAUGCGUUCAGAGCUUGUGAUAACAAAACCACAAAUAUUAAUUCAAAUAAAAUUGAAAGAUUCAAUGCAGGAAAGGAUGUAUCAGAAAAAAAUAGCAGUUAA